CUUUGCAACAUGAUCCGCGCACACCACGAAGAGGCCGGGCUCUGCGGUGCUACGUCCUGCCAGCCCAUCGCAGCACAUGGAGACUGGAGCCAUAGUUAACGGCGAAUGACAAAAGGAAGAAGGUGGACCAUCUUCCGCUGGCUAUAUGAACCAGCUCAGCAUCAGCAGCGACUGACAAAGCAAAUUGAAACAGAGAUGAGGGUGACGGGAAGUGCUGCUGGUGUUUAUUUCGAUCUGCGUCAAACCUCCUACAGAAGAUAAUGCCCUCGGUGCCUCUGAAGGGAAUUUCUAGGUUUCUUAUUUACGCAGGGGUCCAUGUCAGUAUCUCGGGGUAAACACCCAGCAGGGACAGUGAUGGUCACCCCGUCUCCAGCAACCUCACUCUCAGCAUCUGCAUUGUAGGGUGAAACUCGUCCUGGGGGGUGGGCUUGUGAAGGAAUAUGCUAUGCAGAGAUAACAACUAAAAUUUAUUUUGUCGUUGUUGUAUACAAACCAGACAGAGCCAUAAUUGGAUUACCGGGUGUAGUUGUUUGUCAACAUGAACUCGAUGUAUUUCUCCGACAUUCCGCCUGGGCCGGUGUGCAACCCUCCGGCCGGGUCGGGCGCAGUGACCAGCGCCCUGCGAAAUGACCUGGGCUCCAACAUACAUGUGUUGAAAACACUCAACCUACGUUUCCGCUGCUUCCUUGCCAAAGUCCACGAACUUGAGAGAAGAAACAAACUGCUGGAGAGCCAACUGCAGCAAGCUCUGUUUAAAACGCAGUACCGACACCUUUACUCCCGGGAAGUUGCAGUGCAGACGGACGGUCCCGAAUCUCGGUUACCGGGCACCAUCUGGAGUUUUACGCAUGUCCGGAGGCAAGGGGAGCGCUAUGAGACCGUGCGGCGGCCCGGGGUCUCGUGGUCGCACCCGGACGGAGUUGGGGUCCAAAUAGAUACCAUUACACCAGAACUGAGGGCUUUGUAUAACGUGUUGGCCAAAGUCAAGCGGGAGAGGGACGAGUAUAGGAGAAAAUGGGAGGAGGAGCUGUCCAGACGAGAGCAGCUGGAGUCCACUGUGGAAAACAUGCAGCAGAGUGCCCAGGAGUCCACCGAGGUGCAGGAUGAGCUGAGUGAAAAGGUGGACAGACUGAAGGCUGAACUUGUGGUCUUCAAGAGUCUGAUGACGGAUCAAAUGUCUGACCUGGACACCAAGAUCCACGAGAAAGCCCGGCGAGUAGACAUGGACAUCUGCAGGAGGAUCGACAUCACGGCCAAACUGUGCGAUGUGGCCCAGCAACGCAACUCAGAGGACAUGUCGAUGAUGUUCAACGUCAGUCCGGCCCGGUCGCUGCCGGAGAGGGGUGCCGGGGCCAGCUGCAGGAGGAAAGAACUUAAAGCCACGUCUGACGAGGAGAUGUCAGAGAUGGAUGCAGAGCCGAGCCCUUCAGAGGAGGACGUCCCCGGGUCGCUCAAUAUCACGGACGAAAUGAAACGCAUGCUCAACCAGCUACAUUCAGAUAACUCCUUUGUUGCCAGGCGCGAGACGUUUGAUAUAGACGACGACUGCGACAGUCUGACGUGGGAGGAAAACGAGGAGACCCUGUUGCUGUGGGAGGACUUCACAAACUACAACGUGCCGAGCGCCUUUACUGCAACACCCGGCACGACCGCCAGCUGCUCCAAUGGAAACGGUGAAGUGGCUGAGCCAGACUCCCAGGAUGGAAGUCUUGGCAGCCUGAUUGAUCAAACAGAGUCCCUCUUUAAGACCAGAGAGGAGCAGUACCAGGAGACCAUCGGCGAGAUCGAGUUUGAAUUGGCCACAGCCAAGAAUGACAUGAACCGACAUUUGCACGAGUACAUGGACAUGUGCUGCAUGAAGAGAGGCCUGGAUGUGCAGAUGGAGAGCUGUCGGCGGAUGAUUAAAGGCGGCAGGAACUCUCCCUCCGUCAGCUCUGUGGCCAGCAGCGACUCAGGGAACACAGACGAGAUCCAGGACGAGAUCUUGGACAAGGACGCAGAGCCUGAAGUCCCCGUUAGUUGAUGCAUGGACUAUAAUUAUCAACAUCUGCCAGAUGUCCCUACUUCUGAAACGCGAAGGUCACUGUCUUGAUUCUGAUGCACUCUGAUCAACGUGUAUUGUGCAUCACAUAAUGUUAUUUUAAACGGCUAAAGUCCAAUAUAUUUGAUAAAGUAAAUCUAAUGUGAGUUAUCAAAGCCAAACAAUGCCCUCAAAAGUCAUAAGAAAAACCAAAGGAUACAUCAUCUCCUGACAUCUUAGUUUUUUUUAUUUAGAUGAACCUGUUGUGUAUGUGUGUUUUGAUUAUGAGCUGUCUUCUGCUGUCCUGCAGGGGACUCUGUUCCAGACGGGUUGUACAUCCUGCUUUGGCUCUCCUGAAUUGGGGCUAAAAGUGUCAAGACUGUACAUAACAAGCUGUAGGCAUGUGAUCGUAUACCCCAGAGGCCUUUUUAUUCAUCACAAACACUUUGCAACAGAGCGAGAAGUCUCACGAUUUCUCUUCUCAAUGCUCCCACAGGAUAACCGUAGCAAGCGAUCGAAGCAUGGGGACAUAAGUGAUCUUUUUAUCACCUCUUUGUAUUAUAAUGUAUGUACGGUUUGCUGGAUCAAAGAAUAAGUGCAACUUCUAUCCUGAAGUUUUACAGAUCAGAAUGUUAAAACGCAGGCCUUUUGUUGUUUCAGCAUGUUUGUGUGGAGAAAGGGAGCUAUGAGUCUUUUUUUUUUUAACGUAAUAGCUGCAAUGCAGACUUUGCGUCAAGCCUAAUCAAUAAUAAUUAUAUUUGUGACAUAUAAUGUAUUUUUCACUGUUUUUUCUAAUUAUUCUGUUAACCAAAAAGUGUGUUGUCACCAUACUCUGCUUUAUUGAUUUUGCAACAUUAUUAAACAGACGAUUCUGUCAAUUAUUGACCAUAUCAGAUCACCCAUAAUAAAAACGACAUAAGAAAAGAGUGAGGAAGUGUCUCACUCAUGGAGAUCCUUCAUAUCCUCUUAUGAGUUGAUGUAAAACCAGCCUGAUAAAUAACAAAGGGCCAUUCUGUUAUCGCUACUGUUCUUUUUAUUAACAUCAAAGGCAUAUGUAUUGAUUCAAUGACUGUCUUCCAGAAACAGCAACACAGUUCGCUCUUCCUCGUUAAAAUUGGCUCACACCACCAUCACACUAACCAGCCAACCAAAGCAAAGUGUACAGUGAAAGGACAGAGGCAUAAAUCCAGCUAUAAAUCCUACUAACUCUCAGUGUUUGUCCAUGCAUACCACCACACGUGUGUUUUCAAACUUCUUGCAACAAGUCUUGCAUUAAGUGCAUCGUCUCCAUUUACUUCUCUCAGAUCAGGUCACAUUCAAACGACAUGCAGUCGAAAUAAUUGUAGCAACCCUCCUUAAUGAAUGUAGCUUGAUUGGAGGCAUGUUCUAAAGACCUCACAUGUAAAAGCUGAGCAAAAACCAUGUAGCUGUUUAAAUCCAGGGAUAUAUGGUGUGCUGUGAUUUGGAGACCUUGGUAUGGGUUGCUUUACUAAAUGGGUUCUUACCUGACCGACUUACAGUGUGCGGCCUAGAUGUAUGUGACUUAGGUCAGAGUGAAUGUUUCAUAUUAAAAAUGUUUUUUAAUACAAUUGGUUUUUAUCAGCGUGCGGUAGGAAUACACGGUUGUGUUAACGGUUGUUUCAACUAACAGUUGUAUAUGUUCAUGGCAUACCUGUUUGCUGUUAUAAGUCAUUAUUUUUCUGAGAUCUUUUAUUUCAUAAACAGGAGAUUCAAGGUGCAGCAAUACUUGUGGCCAUAUUAGGGUAAAUCUGUAUGGAUUCUGGUCUUUGUGUUUAAUUUGCAUUACAGGAAGCAUCCUGUUUGGUUCAUGGUUGAUUUGUCUGCUUUAAUUUAAUAGUUUUAUUUCUCAUUAUUUUGUUUAAAAUAUUCAUUAAAUGUUUUCAUGUGGGUUUGGGGCAGAUUGUUUCAAAAUGAUGAAUGUACUCAAUUGUUUUUUGGGGGAAAAUGAAAUAAAAUUGUGGUUUGGAAAAGAAAAA